AUGUCGUACCCCACGAAGAAGCCGCACGGGAGGUCCUCAGGUUGGAGCCAGCCUCGGGCAGAUUUGCAGCCUCGCCCCUCCGUACGGCUGAAUACCAAUGGUACAGCAGAGGAUGUUUGGCUAGAGCCGGUGGCGACUGACCAGGGCUCGACUGACCAGGGCUCGACUGACCACAGCUCAACUGACCAGGGGUCGUCUGAGCAGGUCUCGAGUGCUUCCGCGGAGAGAUUCGUAGAGGACGUUGGCGGCCUUGGCCCGAGGGCGGAAAUCCAGGACAUGAUCGCCCAAAGGGGUAGCGUGAAGUCCGGGCUCCAGGGAAUGAUCGACACCAAUCCCGUGUUGGUCAUCGCUACCAGCACCUGCCCCUUCUGCGUUGAGGCCAAGCGUGCCCUCGCCGGCCACGGCAUCACCGACCAGUUCGUUUACAUCGAUCAGGAGCCCAACACCGCCGAGAUUCGGAAGGCCAUGACCGCCCUUGCAGCCAACCGCACUUCGGUGCCCCAAAUCUGGAUCAACCAGAAGCACGUCGGGGGUUGUGAUGACCUCAAGGCUCUUGAUAAGACAGGUGACCUGGGAGUUGCUCUGGAAGGGAUACCCCGCCCUGCUCCGGCGUUCGAUAUUGAGUCCGGCCCGGGCCCCGAAAAGUCGCCUGCAGACGUGGAUGCCGCGGUCAGUACGUACCCCGGCCCCACCGCGGCCUACUUUCCCAUGUUCCACGCACCCAUCUCCGUCGACAACCGCGCGGUGAGGCUGGGCGGGAGCCUGACAUCCAUCUACGCGGCCGCGUGCGUGGUCUUCGCCGAGCGCUACGUGACGUCAUGGGUGGUAUUGGGCAUGUUCGUCAGCAAAACCCUGGACAUGACGGGCUUGCCCGGCCCUUACGCCUUGCUCGUCAAGCUUCCUUUCGCGGGAACGAAGCCGAGGCUCCAGGCGGACACUCUCUACGCGUGGGAUGAAGCAAAUCUCCGAACCGGGAAGGAUGUCGCCCCGGAAUCCAUCACGUACCGGACCAAGGGACUUCCUCCCAACCCGACCGAUCUUCGCGCCAGGCCGUACGACUCCAAGGACAAGUGGCAGCAGUUCCACAUCAUCAAGUACGUCCACAUUACACUUUUCAUGGCGCCUCUAGCCAUUCUGGGACUCGCGCUCCCUUGGGCAAAGCUGCACGACACGGUCGGCACGUCUCCCCUCGUCUGGCAGGUGCUAGCUUGGACGGGUGUUGCCCUUCAAGCCGUACUCGGGACUCUGUACUUCACCAAGUGCGCUCUGUACCCGAAGAAGGUGAGGAAGGAGUGGUGCCACCCCAUCAAACACAACAUGUUUGCGGUCCCGUUCAUCAGCUUCAUCAUCAUGUCCUUCCUGGCCACCAGAUGGUCCAGCGUCAGCGGAGACCUGGCGCGGGCCUUGUUUUGGAUCGGCAGCGCUCCUCUCAACGCUCUUGCUCUUUACACCGUCGCCAGCUGGAUCGCCAUCCGCCGCGACCAAGAGUUCGUCAACCCGACGUGGAUCCUUAUGCCCGUGGGAAACCUGGUGGGAGCCAUGGCCGCCAGGGCAGUGGACGGGGACUAUGCAGAGUGGGGCUGGUACCUGUUUGGGGUGGGCGCCUUGCUGUGGCUGGCGCUGUGGCCGAUCACCUUCCUCAUGUCUAUCGACAACCACCACAGCGACCCUAACCGCCGCAACUUCUACGGUAUUUGGGUGGCACCUCCGGCAGUUGCGAUGAUGGCGUAUGCUAACCUUAGCGGUCUCAGCUCCAUCGACAACGUACAGCGCAUCUUGUUCUACGCUUCACUUUCGAUGGCCAUGGUCCUGGCAAUGUCCACGUGGCCUCUGAACUUCUUCGUGGGGGGCAAGUUCGACAUGUCCUUGUUCGCCUUCGCCUUCCCCCUCGACGUGCUCGCUUCCGCCGCAAUCACCGUGUACGGCUAUACCCAGACCGACACCAUGCAGGUCAUCAGCAUCGUGGCGAUCACAGUUGCAUCCAUGGUCAACGCCGUGAACGUGCUCCUGCUGCUGGGGGCCGUGAAGGGAAAGCACGUCUUCACGCCCGAGGCUAAGUUUUCGCCGAUGUCCUUCACGAAGCUCACGCACGAGGCGUUCCGCGAAGCUCUGCCGAGGUUGGAAAAGCUGGCAGCCCAGGUCAAACCGGGCGCGGCGGGCGCGUCUAAGCUCAGGGAGGUUGCCUCCGCGUGGGAGGCCAUAUCGAAAGCCCACGACGUCCACUCCAGGCACGAGGACGAGGUCAUCUUCCCGACCCUCGAGACGUACUUCCCCGGCCAGACUAGCACCGUCGGUGACGACCACAAGGAGCACGAGGAGCUGAUCCACGCUGUACAGUCGGGUUUGAACUCUCUGCUCGGCAGUGACGGCCUGGGAAAGAAGACUGAAGCAGUAUCUGCCAACCUCCUGGAAGAGCUCAAGGCCAACAUUAGGAAGUUCGGAAAGGAAGUGCGCGAACACAUGGACAACGAGGAGCACUUUUACUCCACUCCCGUGACCCGCAAGUUCCUGAAUGUCACGAUUGCUAAGGAUCUGGCCCGCAGGAGCUGGGAUGUCACCCCCAACCCGGAGAUGUCGGAGUUCCUGCGCUGGGUUAUGUCCUCGCUACGAAUUCGGGGCCAGAGGACAAAGUUCCUGAAAACCUGGGUUUGGGCCAUGCCGGAACGCGCUCAGCUCGUGGGUUUGAUGGUGUAUCGCGUCGUCGAUGACGUCACGUGGGUUCAGCUGGCCUACGAUCUGCCCGAAAUCGUGCCGCGCGGUCUGCCCGGGUACAGUCGCAGCUUCUAAGUGGCGGCGUUGACCGCAGCACGACCUACAGCAGAAGCAUGAAAUCAUCGGUGAUCACAUGGUAAUCGAUGAUCGAGGGCGGCGACAACUGUUUGAUAGACGGGGACUGUAGUCUCUGUAGAUACCAAUCUGAACGGCACCAGAGUGUAUGGGCAUCACGCCGGGUUAUUUGAGAUGAAAGGUGGAAUGGCGGGUGGCACUCUUCAAGGCCCGGGAGUUUCUGAAACACGGCAAGACGGAUUGUUUGUUUUUCGAUGGCAGGGUGGAAUACUGAACCCUCGAGCAUGCUUCUGGAUACGGGGGGGCACAUUGGAGCUACAGUAGCUCAUCGGGCGUGCACCCCAGGCUUGGGGCAUCAUUUCGUUUCUCCUAGGCGGUAGGACCAGUUUAUCGUCCCUUGGCGCUUUGGCGCCUGGAUUUUCGUUGCACUCGCGGACGGGAACGCCUCAAUGCUCACCCGUCAACGAAAACCUUCAUACGAUAGACUUGUUUGUCCGCGAAGGCCGGGGUAGCGCAUCACACAAUCGAUGAAUUAUGUACUCGAACUUGUUCGAGCUGUAGUAAGCGGUGGGUCAUCUCUGUAUAGUUCGAAUAGCUACUAUCGCACGGAACGUGAAUCUUAGUACAUCGUGUGAGUAGCACGCCUUAAUUGUCGAAAAUGCCCAGAAAAUAUGUGUUGACAGCCUCCACUCAUCGUUCGCAGGUUGGGCGAUACGUGAAGGUUCAUUGUUGUUGGAAUGAAGGAACAAUCUAACCUGUUGUUGUUGUUGUUGUUGUUGUCUUCGCAUUAAAAAACCGUUCCACUCUAGGUUCAGUACCUUCUAAUGUCCGUACUAUAAUAGUCCAACUGACGCAGACGCCUUCCGUGGUCACAAGCCAACUACCCCCAAAGGGUAUUGGUGACAUAUCUAGAACUCUAUUUGUUCGUCUGCUCUCCGGCUGUGGCAAAAUGGUCGGUUGUGCACUACUGUAGACUAUUUUACAUAUAUGGUAUAUCCCAACGUUGUGUCCAUUUUGCAGCUGGCGGACCUCGCCCUUGCGACCCUACUGUGCCUCUGAGGCAUCCGGUGGUGGAGGUCACGUCUGCUGUUGGUACCGUUUCGCGUUGUUGGUGACUGCUUUAUUGGUGACUGUUUAGAAUGUACUUGCAUACGCUGUUGGCGACUGUUAAUAUUGUGUUGUUGUGGCUGUUUUUGAUGGAAGUUCCGACGGGUGUGACAUGCUCGCUCGUCGUGAUGAGCUCUUGGCUGUUAGUGUCGAACAACGUUGAAUAUUGACCUAUAUUCUCUCUCAAAAGUGGCGUGACUUGAUUCGUUUGUGUGUGUUUUCUCUUUUAUGGUUUCUCUUUUAUGGUAUUCCGUGUCCCGCAGGCAAGACGGCGUUUCACUCGUCAUGGUACGGAUGGUGGUGGUAACCUGUGCGAUAAAUCCUGGAAGGGUUUCAGGGUAUUUCUCCGUUGGAUGAAAAAAAAGUUUGGUGUCUUGUUCUCAC